UCCCAGCUUUCAGUCACUUUGUUUUUAUGUAGUAUGUGCUUCCUUACGAAAAGAGAAACGUGUCACUUUUCUAGUGGUUGUGAAGGAAAUUAAUGCUUUGUAUUAAUAGAUUUUGCAGUUAACAGCCUUCAUAUUACAGCUGAGUAAAUUGUGAUGGCAUCAGUUCCUGCAGCAGGGGAAGAGGGACUCCUACCAAGGCAGGUCGCAAGUAGGGCAGAAAGAACACUGUUAGGUGCACUCUUAGGUUAGAGCUUAGUAUUAAGGUGGUAAAGCAGUAGUGAGGUCUAUAAAUUCCUAUUUUUGUCUGCUGUGUAACUGAACUAGCACUAUGCCUUCCUAUACUUUCCUCUUCAGGAUGUGGGAAGCAUAUGAGGACUGUGGGGCUAGAGCAAGUCAUAGAGCACCACACACCUUCUCAGUGCCUCUGCCAGGGGCUGGAGGAGUGGUGGAAGGAGAGCUGGAGUGAGGGCAAGGCUCCAGGCACUGCGAUGGAACUCUGGUCCCUGUUGCCUUCACCUUCCUUCCCCUUGGGCACUCACUGGGUAGGGCUGGAUGUGCCCCAGAAUUUCUUAUGCACCAAGAAGUCAGCCCUGCCCAAAUCUCACAAGAUGUGGAGCAGAUACUGAGCUUUAGAAGAGAUCCUUCCAGGCAAAGCUUUCCUCCCCCAUCCAGCCCUUGUGGUGUGAGGGUAGCACACAGGCUGUGCAGCACUGGUGCACAAGUGGCCUUCCUGCACCGGCAUCCAGAACAGGCCCGGCUCCAAGGACCGGAAUGGAGAGCAGCAGUUCUGCAGUGGGAGGCAGGCCCUUGGAAAGUUGGGAAGCAUCCAGUCCUCUGCUCGUAACCCAAAAAGGCCGUGUCAUGCCCUGGCGUGCCUGGGCAGGGAGCCCUGCUCUGCAUGCUGAACGUGCUCUUGGCUGGGCUCUUGCUUUUGAAGAGAACUUUCCCAGAAACAGCUGUGCAGGAAUAACGGGUGCAGCAAUCCAACGUCUCCCUCGGGCCAAAGCUGCUUCGCUCCCUCGUGCAGUGCAGCACAGGGACAGCCCUGCUGGGCAGGGGCUGCUGGGUGCUGUGGGGAAGCCUGACUGUGAGAUGCCGUGCCUGGCACUCAGCCCACCAGGAAGGGCAAACAGAGCUGUCCUACUGAGAUGCAGUCAUCACCACCCCGGAGUGUAGCACUGUCAGUUUUCAAUUGCUCUGCUGUUCUCACCACCUGAUUUCUACAAAUAUAAUUUGAGUGUGCAGAGGUAAAAUGGACUUGAAUGACUCCUGGUGAAAGGAACUGCUGGAGGAGUUUGGACCAAAAGGAGUUAAGGAAUCCCAACUUGUUGAAGCAGUUCAAAGAUAUAAAAUCUUCAAAAAAAAAAAAAAAAAAUACUCCUGGCUUCAUCUCAAGGACAACUUGGCAGAAGGGAGAUAGAUGUGUGUUACUGCUAAACUUCAUAUCAGCAAGUGUUACCUGUGGAGAAUGCAAUAGGAAAAUAUCAAUUGUUCCCUUGGGGAUCCCCUCGUAUCCCCCACCCCAGCAGGCAGGCAGUGCUCUCACCUGGGCUGCCAUAGCCUUCUCCCUGCUUUGGGCUCUGAAGUGGAAGUCUGCAGGCUGUGUGAAAACCCAACCCUCAUGUUCUUAUGGGCAGAAGUAACGUCAUGGAAUUGAGAUGGAGCAAUAGCUUCUAAGACCUAAAGUUAAUGCUGCUAAGGCAAAAGCGAAGCUGCUCGCUGCAUGACCUCGAAGUAACGCAACUCGGAUUGCUCUCAUCAGACACUCCCUGAAGAAAUCACAGCGUAGCAGUUCUCCUUUCAGGGAUGGAUGAGACAAACAACAUCUGGUUUGCAUCCAGCCAGGACUCAACACAUUUGUGAGGAAGGAAGCUUUAAUAGGAGAGAAUGGCAAAAAAAAGCACUGCUUGCAGCAUCUGCCCCAAACUGUGCAACCUCUUAAUAAUAAAAAAAUUGGAGGAGGCUCAAGGGAGACCCCAGUGCUGUCCACAGAUCCCUGAAAAGAUGUUGUAGGGAGGCGGGGGUCGACCCCCUCUCCCAGGUCACUGCGAUGGGACGAGAGGGAACGGCCUCAAGUUGCCCCAGGGGAGGACCCCGUUGGAUAUUAGGAAGAACACCUCUGCUGAAAAAGCAGUUGGGCACUGGCACAGCUGCCCGGGGAGCUGCGGGAGUCAGCGUCCAUGGAGGUGUUCCAGAAGCGUGGGGAUGUGGCACUGAGGGACGCGGGCAGCGGGCAGCUGCGGGGGUGGACGGUGGCACUUGGUGAUCUUAGAGGUCUUUGCCAACCAGAGAGAUUCUGUCAUUCUGUGAAUGGAGCCAUUUAUUGCAACGAGAGGUAAUCAGCAGCAAACAACCACAAAGUAAAGCCUCGAGAACAUCACGGGAACACGGAAACACUUGACUGGGAUACUGAUGGAGCCACAGGCCCGGCAGCAUUCAGGUGGGGCCAGGAGGCUGGAUGUGUGGCCCAGUGCCUUCAGCAGCACCAACACGCCGGGUUCCUGCGGGGCUGCGUCCGGCACCGGGCCCCUCACUCUGCGCUGGCUGCAGGAGCCGCCGCCCUCCUGCUGGGGUGCCCUCACCCCUGUGACGUGUGAUGGCGUCACCGAGGGUGUCAGAGAGGGGCCAUUGUGACGCAUGGGGUGUGGAGCAGAGCUCAGGCUGCGGGGCUCAGGCGGAGCUCAGUGCGACUUGGUGAGGUUGGCACGUGGAGGAGAAAGCCCAGCACUGAUGGGACAGACACUCCGCAAGUGGUUGCCGUCAACGCGCACGGUGUGCGUGGAGACACAGGAGGCCGCCGGCUCGAGGGAGCCUGCAUGCGUGCUCUGUGGCCGAGUGGAUGAGGACUCGAGCAUCCUUGGGCACAAAAAAGAGCUCGGUGGAUUCUAUUUCCAUGAGUUUUGUGCGAUGUUUGCCAAUGAUCUCUGUGAACAUGUGGAAGCUGGCAGAAUGGCACAAUUUUCCAGAAAAGACCUGAUACGCACAGUGAGGCAGGCAGAGCAGACGCUCUGCUUCGUCUGUGGCAAGACAGGGGCCACCAUCACCUGCGCAGCGUUGGGCUGCGACCGCAGCUUCCAUCUCCCCUGCGCCUCGGAGGGCCAAUGUGUCACCCUGUACAUUGGAAAGUUCCGGUCCUUGUGCUGGGAGCACCGCCCGCAGCAGGCAGUGGAGGCAGCGCCGGCGCAGGACACGACCUGCAUCAUCUGCAUGGAGCCCGUGGGGGACAGCAGGUCGUACAGCACCAUGGUGUGCCCAUCCUGCCAACACGCCUGGUUCCACCGGGCCUGCAUCCAGGAACAGGCCAUGCGUGCCGGCAUCUAUUGCUUCCAGUGCCCCCUCUGCAGAGACAGGGACUGGUUUCUUCGAGACAUGGUCACUAUGGGGAUCCGAAUCCCAUUCAGAAAACCAACAUGGGAGGACAACAAUGCCUAUGCAUCCCUGCGAAUUCGACACGAUCGCUGUGAUGCCAGCAGCUGCCUUUACCCACGCGGCAGGGAGCGGGCAGAGAGAGAGGGGCCCUGGCAGCUGCUCCUCUGCAGCUCCUGUGCUGCACAAGGCACCCAUCGGCGCUGCUCCUUCUUGAGUCAGGGCACAGCCAGCUGGGAGUGCAACGCCUGUGCUGGAGAGGGCACCGCCUCCGGCAGCGGUGUGGACAGAGCUGGCCCCAGCACCGCCAGCCAGCAGGGACUGCCGCCUCUCAUAGGCCCCAUAACAUUGGAGAGCAGCAGCACCUCCAGCACCACCAGCACCACCAGCACCUCCAGCACCUCCAGCACCACCAGCACCACCAGCACCACCAGCCAGGCACCGUCGGGGCCAGCUCACGUUCCCAAGGUGCCUGAGAGCGGUGUCCCGCCUAACCAGCACAGGACAAAAUGGCGGAGAAUCUGCACACGUUUACAUCGCAUUGACGAUGAAUGGAACGAGCCCCAAGAAUGCUGCGGGAGCAGCCGUGCUGCAGCCCUGCUGAGCGUUGAGAGCAGCACCCCGAACUCUGCCAGCCAGGGUACAUCACGUCCCUCAAGGCACUCCCGUGCAGCUGGCUCCAGCCACCGGCGCAGACGGGGACAGCAGGAUCGCACAAGAAGCCGCUCUCCGCUGCAGCGCCAGGCCGCAGGUUCCCCGAGCCAGCCCCAAAGGCACCGUGGGAGCAGGCAGGCACCAGCCCUUAGUGAUGAGAGCGGCACCCACAGACACACAGGACAAGGAACACCGAGGUCCUCAAGAGUUUCCGCAGCGGCUGCUGGAAGCCGGUCCAGGCAGCCAGGGCGGGCCCGGACUCGAAGCCGCUCGCCUCGUCAACAUCGGGAUGCAGACACCCGCAGCCAGCCCCACAGACGCCGCAGGAGCCGGUCCAGGCGGCGACGGCCAGCCCAGGGGCGAAGGCCGCUCCCGGGUACCACGUCGGGCCCGGAAUACCCACCGCCGGCCCCACUGAUGCUGUAGGAGCAGCCGUGUGCAAGCUCCACUUGCUAUCCAAAGUCAUCAGAGUCCAUCGCAAUAAAACACAGUUCCAUCAUGC